GUGUAUGUCACAUAAGCUAAAAGUUUAGACAAAACAAUCCCAAAUCAACUAUCUCAACAUUAACAACUAAAAUUUGAGAUUUAACAAUACUCAUUUUGAUUGAUAGUUUCGGUCAUAUCACAGAUGUAAUCCAUGUAUUGGUUCUACUAAAAAAUAUAAAAAUGAUGAAUUCUAAACAAUACAUGUAUAGUAAAUCUCAACAAAACAAUCGCAACUUUCAAACGACCCCUUGAUCGAAAUGAAAAAAUUCUAUCAAAUAUAAUGUCAUCUCCUAAAAUAAAUCAAAACUCAACAGGGCAAAGAAUACCCACUAAGCAAAGCAGAAGGACAAUUAUUUCACACUACCUCAUUCCCCCCCCCCCUCUCGUUUAAGUAUGUUCUCUCACUCUCUCUUAUGCCUCGUUCACUUGCCAUUUUGUUUUCUGUUUUCUGCUGUGACAACAAAAAUAAAAAAUAAAACAAAUUGUAUAAAAUGUGUUCACUUGCAAUUUCAUUAUCGUUUAAAAAAAUAAUGGGGAAUAAAAGAGGCAGUUGGGCGGAAACAAUAAAACAUCCUUUGCUGGAAAAUGAGAGACGAAUUUCCUCCCGUUGCCCAUUGGGUUAUGCCCCCAUUCCUUUUAAUGAGCCCAUCGUUCGAAUCCCUUUGCCACAUUUUUUCUCUCCUUUUGUUCACUUAGACCAACGACGUCGUUUUGCUAACCCCAGCUCCCAUCCUUCUUCUCCCAGCCUCCCCCAAACUCGACCUCUCCAUCGAACGAAGCUGCUACAGUUCGCCUCUUCUUCCUCUAGCAGAUGGAGAGAAGAUCGAUCCGAUGAACUCCUUCUCUAGUCGGCGAAGCUCCAGCGGCGAAGGACGGGUUUGCUUUGAGAUGCCAGCAGGUAUUACCCUUCCACCGCUAAGUUAAUCAUUCUCAAAGGCUUAGAUCAUCGAGGUCAUAUCAACAGAGGUGUGGAUUAGGAUGGAUGAGACAGUGAUGGCUACACUUGCCCAGCGGAUCGUCAAUAAUCCUCUUUGUUUUUCCAUUUGUUUUUCAUUCGUUUUUCCAUCUCUCACUCUCUUUCUCUCUUUGAGCUUUGUAUCUCACCACUCUCCCUCUUUCCUUCCUCUUUCUUCCCACCGCCUGGAAUUGAGAGAAACCUAGAAACAUCCCAAUUACUUAUCCAAUUUUGCAUUCGAAAAUGCUUCUUCUCCAUUCACAAUCGAAAGUAUGAAUCAGAGGACCUGAAACCUGGCGACCAAAUGGCCGCUUAUUCCUCUCAAAUGACACAUUUCUCCAUAAAACAUGAGUGCACCAAUAUAGAUUAUGUGGUGCUCGCACUUGUGCGCGAGCGCUUGAAGUUUAAGUUAGGUAUGACCCAUGAAGCAUUCAUACUUGUAUAGUGUCGAUCCAUAUACAUUGUCUUCAUGGUAUGCUCUAACUGUGUCAUGCUAGCUCGAUCAUGUGUUUGCGUAUAGUUACAUGCAUUCUAAUAAUUAAGUUUUUACAUAUUCACAACACCAAGAUAAAAACAAUCAUAAAUGCUAAAAUACUACAUUUGAACCAACUACCACCGAUGCCACAAAUAAUAAGUAUAUCUCUAAAUCAUACAUAAAAUAUUUCAAACAUCACAAAUAUUAAGAUUAAAUUAAUUAUUAUAAAGAGUAAAAAUUAUAUUAUGAGGUUAAUUAUAACUUAUUUAUAUGUUAAUGCCCUUAAAUUGAUCAACACACCCAAAAAUGGUAAAAUGAACAUCACAUUAAACCUAAUAUCUUCUCAUUAUUGUCGGAUCCAUUCAUGCUAGAUUAGCAAAAGGUUUAAUGUUUAGCAAUUAACCAGGCUAAAAUUUUAGAUAACCAGUCAAAUAUAGUUUGUACAAAAUAUUAUUGCUUCCUAGUAGUUAUGUAAAUAUAUAUUAAUUAAAGAAUUCUACAUCUCUGUUGCAUAUUUAAUACUACAAUUCGAUAUGCAAUUCAAGCAUUGAAUUUGUGUUGCAAUUUUAAGAUUACCCGUCAUUUUAUAGGUUAUAAAAAAUUAUAAAUCACGUAUUAAACUUUGCUUUUUAGAAUAUUUAAUAGGCUAGCUAAACAUGAUGGAAAGUUCCUAUGCUUUUCAAAUCUUCGCUAAGUGUAUGCAUACAAUUCAAGAAGAUAAAACAAAUUUGUUUAGUGUAAUUGGUUGUGAUUAUUUUUUUUUAAGAGACCAUGGUUCAAAUCUAUAUGUUAAUACCUUUUCAUAAGAAGUAGAUAAAUAAUUGCAAUGAAAAAAACACUCUUCCUACUUUCAGUCUCGUUUCACGAAAUUGGAAAUGAAAAAUCUUAAAACAUUGAAUAUAUCUUAUAGAAAGAUCUUAUUCAACCAGGUAAGAAGGGCAUUUUACCUGAAAUUAUUAUAUCUUAUAGAAGUGAUUAAUUGUGAAAUCGGAACUCAAGUAACAUUUAUUCAAACAUUAAAUAUUAAAUUGUAUGUGUGGUACAGUUUAGAUAAAAGACAUGUGUGUAGCCAAAACAUAGGUCUUUGUGACAUAUAUAGUAACUUUUUGUGACAAAUCUACACAUAAAAUAAAGAUAUAUUUGGCACUAUGACGAAAAAAGAGGUUCGUAGAAUCACUCUCAUGCCACGAAAUUUAAAAGAAGACUCUCAUUUUCCAAUUUUAUCAUUAUAUUAUGUAUAGAUUUGUCACAAAAAAAUGCUAUACUCGUUACAAAGGUCCAUGUUUUGGUUACACUUCUGUAGUUUGUCUAAACUAAACUAAACUACACAUACAAUUUAAUAUUAAUUUUUGAAUAAAUCCUACUUGAGUUCCGAUUUCAGAACUAAUCUCAUUCUAUAAAAUAUGAAUAACUUAAAGAUAAAAUAUAAAUAUAGAAGCAUCAUCACAAACAUAUUCCUAGAGUUUAAUCAAAGAAAUAACAAUAGAUAUAAUGUAGCUUAGUUGGUUAUAAUGCUCUUUCUUCAUUUAAUUGAUCCAGGUUCGAACUCCAAUGAUAGCAUUUUUAAUAUAUAAAGAUAAAGUGGGCGCAAUGAUAAAAAUGUCCUUCCUACAAUCACUCUCAGGCCACGAAAUUUGAAAUGGGAGAAUUCUAACCCAUGUUUUGCCUUUAUAUAUCUCGUAGAUAGAUGUACUUGGUGUGUAUGAGUAUUAAGUUACCGGUCCUGCCCUAUUAUCAUCACUAAUUGUCGCCGGAUUGUAGGUGUUUGUUUGACCGGCGGUAAUCACAUGCUAUCUAUGGCUUGUGGGUUGGUAAGACUUUCAAACUUGUUGCUGCUAGGAGAGCAAAUAUGGCUUAGGUAUAAAUAGUAGUGAUAAUGAUGCAUCAAUUGGCUCUCGAUAUUUUAGUUGGUAAAAAAAUAAUUGUUCUGGACAGUAUAUUGCUAGAACUUCUCGAAUAGCAGGCAGGAAAGUAUAUAUUUUACUGGUUCAAACCAGUCAGAAUCAUAUUGAAUUAAAUAUAAUAAGUGUGAACACGGACUUAUAUGAUAGCGUACGCUAGUCCUAAUAUACAUACAACACAUUACGAUCGACAAAUACGAUUCGUUGGGUUUUUUUAAUUUAUCGAGAUUCGCGGUCAGUUUUUUUUUUUUUUUUACACCUGUGGCUGAUUAAUGACUUAAAACACAUUAAGAAGUUUCAUAACCAAUAGAUGAAGGAAUAUACUAAGUAAUUAGUUAGUUGUAGGCUACUUUCUCGUGAUCUCAUCAUAUCUAUUGAUGCAGAUAUAUACAACAUCACAUUAGAGGAAAUGAAAACGAACCAAUAGAUGAGAAUCUUACAAGAUAUAUAGAAUGUAAAUCCGGCAGUUCAUGUCGACGUGCUGUAACCACCACCGGAGGAAAGCACAUCCGCCAUCGUUCAUCAUUUCUGGGAAAACAACAGUCAGCAGCCCUCCAAACUAGGCCCUUCAAAGUUAAAACUGUAAGCUGAAGAACAGUGGAAACGAACCGGGGUGUGGAAGUGGAGCUAAUUUGACGUUGACACAUGCGCUCUCUCUCUCUCAAGAGGCCAAAGCGCAUUAGAGACCUGGUAAGAAAUACGCUUCUUCGAGUUACUUACGGUGAACGUAACUGGAUAGAUAGAAUGAAUUUUAGGGGUUGAGAGUAGAAAUUAGGGAUUUAGGGAAGAACAGAAAGAACGGCCUAAACCUUCCGGAGAGAGAGAUGGACGAGAUUUAGAGAGAAAGAGAUUAGGGUUUAGGGAUAUAAUUCUUCUAUUAAUCUUUGCUUAAUAGUAAAUGAAUGUCUGAAUAGGGUGUCAGUUUGGGUCGGGUUCGGUUACCCAAACCGAAACUCGAAAAAACCCGACAAUCCGAAACCGAAAUAACUGGAAACCGAACCCGAUAAGGACUUUCGGGUUCAUGUUACAAAAAACCCAAAAAUUUCUUAUCGAGUUCGGUUAAAGCAAAACCGAAACCCAAAAAUUUCUUAUCGGAUUCGAUUAAAGCAAAACCGAAACCCAAAAAUUUCUAACGAGACCUUUAGACUUGGACUGAUAUUCGUGGGCUAUAAAAAGGGGACCAAAAUAACGCAGAGACCACAGUUCCCAUUUUCCUCAUCCUGGACCUAAAGAAACAAUGGCCACUACUACUACCACUACUGUUUUCUCCUCCUCCUUCACCCUCUUUGCUGCAUCUCUAUCCUUCUUUCUUCUGCUUUCUUUGAACACUGCGAAUGGCGAUGGAACAUUUGGGGUUCAGCAGCAGCAUUUCUACACUGUUCAGCUCUCCUCGCUGUUUCCUUCCGACUCUUGCAGCCCUGCUCCUUCAACCAAAGGGCUGAACAAGCUGCCAGUGUUCCACAAACACGGGCCGUGCGCUGAGGCCCAACAACUCGUCACCUCUACAAACCAGCCCAAGCCCACCGCGGACGAAAUCCUUCUCCAGGACGAGUCCAGGGUCCGGAAAAUCCAGUCCAGGUCCAGAAAGUCCGACGUCAGGGUGACGGACUCCACCAGCAUCCCGGCAAAGGACGGCAGCACCGUCGGCUCCGGCAACUACAUCGUCACCGUGGGGCUCGGCACCCCGGCGAAGAAACUCUCCCUCAUAUUCGACACCGGAAGUGACGUCACGUGGACGCAAUGCCAGCCGUGCGUACGGUCUUGCUACCAGCAAAAGGAAAAGAUCUUCGACCCUUCCUCCUCCAAAACGUACCGAAACGUUUCCUGCGAGGCCGCCGCCUGCUCCGCCCUCGCUGCCGCCACCGGAAACAGGGGAUGUAGUGCCUCGACGUGCGUGUACGGGAUCCAAUACGGCGACACGUCGAUCUCCGCCGGUUUCUUCGCCAUUGAGAAACUGACGUUGACCAAAACCGACGUCUUCGACGAAUUCUACUUCGGGUGCGGCCAAAACAACAAAGGGAACUUCGGCGGCGCCGCCGGGCUGCUCGGGUUGGGCCGGAACCAGCUGUCGCUCGUCUCCCAGACCUCCGACAAGUACAAGAAGCUCUUCUCCUACUGCCUCCCUUCCUCCCCCAGCGGCACCGGAUUCCUCACCUUCGGCGGCGCCACCAAAUCGGCGGUGAAAUACACUCCCAUCGCCAGCGUCGCCGGCGGCGACAACUUCUACGGAGUCGGCAUCACGGCCAUCAGCGUCGGCGGCAAGAAGCUCCCCGUCGCCGCCUCCGUCUACUCCGCCGCCGGCGCCAUCAUCGACUCCGGCACCGUCAUCACCCGGCUCCCGCCGGCGGCGUACUCCGCGCUCCGGUCGGCGUUCAGGAAGCAGAUGUCGAAGUACCCAUUGGGCCAGGCGCUGUCGAUCCUCGACACGUGCUACGACCUCAGCAAGUUUAAGACUUUUGCGGUGCCCAAGAUCGGGUUCUUCUUCGCCGGCGGCGCGGAGGUGGACAUCGAUGCCGUCGGGAUUCUGUACGCCAACAAGCCGUCGCAGGUGUGCCUGGCGUUCGCCAGCAAUGGGGGGGCGAAGGACGUGGCGAUAUUCGGAAACGUGCAGCAGCAGACGCUGGAGGUGGUGUACGACGGCGCUGGCGGGAGGAUUGGGUUCGCCAGCGGCGGCUGCAAAUGAGGACUCGGAGCGACGUCGUAUUUCCCCCCGAUGAGCGAUGAAUGUCCCAAUUUAUUAGGGGACGAAGGAAUUAAGGUAGUAAUUUCGGAAUUGAGAAAUGUUAUAAAUAAUCUGAAUCAUCGAAAAGCUGAUUAAGGUAAUGGGGAAGCAAAUGGAGGAAGAAGAAAAACUCGAGCUUUACUCGUACUUUACCAUAUAGUCAUUAGACAUGGAGGUAGUAUGUCAUGGAUUUCUUGCUUUGCGAGAAACAACAAAGUGUACAAUAACUGCCGCAAUUUGAUUUAAGGAAUGAUGAAUAUGGAUUUAUGGCUUGUCUUCUUGUUAGUCUACAUAUUUACUAGCUUUUACUCUGGCCCUUGGCCGAAAGAGUUUCGCUUUAUCAUUAAUAUUCGUUAAUUUAUAAUUAUAUUUAAUAUAUUAAUCUGAUUCGUUGGUAGGACGAAUUUUAUUUUAUUUUAUUUUGAUAAAUAUCUUUCAUAUUUUUAAAUAAGUUGAGGUUUCUAAAAUAUUUAAUUCGUUAUUUCAUAGUAAUCUUUAUGGUAUUUGCUUAUUAUGACAUUACCGAUAAUGAGUUAAUAUGUACUUUAUUAUCAAGUCCUCCUAGUUUACUGUUGUGUAUUUUUUUUCAUAUCUUCGAAGAAAUUUGUGGAUUUUUU